AUGGUUCAUGGUAUAUCGAGUAUUAUAGCACGAUCUAUCGUUGCCAAAUAUCCAACAUUUAUUUCACUCUAUCGUGCCUAUGAAAAGGUAAAGGAUGAAGGUGAUCGAGAGACUAUGCUUUCCAAUCUAAAGAUUGAAUCUGGAUUUGGCUCUUUACUCAAUUUGACUGUUAAAGAUAAAUCAAUGCAGUUGCUUGAUAGAUUAUGUAUCAAAGGAAAAGAGGAUAUCGAAUCAUUGUCUGAUGAAAUAUUGGAUGCUCUAAAGGUUGAAACAAUCAAGUUACUCAAUAUAACUGAUACAAAUCUUCAAAGUAGAUAUCAUCUGAUUGGUGUCAUGGCUACACUUGCAACUUAUUUAUUACCUAGAGGUAUUGCAACGAAUAGAUUUACGGAUGAGGAGUACAGAUCAUUCAUGCCCAAUAUACUAUCAGAGCUCAAACAACUGGAUGGCAUUACUCACUGUGACAGUAACGAAAAGAUUGUUGUCAAAUUUGCACGUAUCUAUAAUUCUAUGUUUAGAGAACCAGAGUGGACGGAGGAACUCGCCAAACCAAUCAUUGAAUCGUUGCUCGAACUGUUGGACAGGAAUCGUGAAAUGGGGUUCGCAUCUAAAAGAACCUAUAGUAUGGUAUGCAACUAUAUGAUAGAUAUAGUGAAUCAUGGUACAACUGACAGUAACCUUGAAAGAAUGAUCGCUCAUUUGUUUGAGUGUUUGUCUCAAGUCGAGGAUGGGUCAUUGGAAGAUUGGGCAAAUUUCCCUCUCAUCAGCGGCAUUCCCAACUUAAAUUAUUAUAAAGAAGAGGAUAUCGGCAUCAACAUGACCUAUAACAAAUCUGACAAGUUUUCAGAUGAUUUAGAUAUACGUCAACUCGUGUCAGCACUUGGUGAACGUUUAGAGCUAUCCAUUAUCAAACAUAUCAACACCAUGUUAAACUCUCAACAAUGGAAAGAUAGAUAUACAACGUUGAUUGGUUUAGCUAAAACUUAUACAUUUUUCCAAGGUAGUUUUAAACAACAUUACCCUAUUAUUUUAAAAAAGUCAGUAUUAACAACAUUAGUUGAUGAUGAAAAUAUUAAAGUUAGAUGGGCAUCAUUACAAUGUUUAAUUGGCUUUGGUAGACACAAUGCAUGGGUGGACGAGUUUGUUGAAUCAAGAGAUGAAAUAUUUCAAGUUAUUAUCAAAUCUGCUAGUGAUCCAAAUGAAUGUAUUCAAACUAGUUGUUGUUUCUUGAUUCAAUCAAUGACGGAUUCAAUCCAAAAGAUGGAUGAUAAUGUUUUGGAAGAAUUAUCUCGUUUUUUUUGA